GCAGUUGACAGAAACGGCAUGUCAGGCGGUGGAACAUCAAAACGCUGGUGGAUCAUCUUCUUCGCGGCAAAUAAAUCUUCAUGCCAGCAGCACCAACAUUCCAAUUAGUGCCACGGGCGAAUCCGGAGGUACCACCGUAUCCUGUGCAAAAGUAUCGUACUCGUACUAAUUGAAAUUAUGCAUGACAAAUCUUGUUUCUUAGCGAAAUCAGCAUCACAAGCUCCAUUUUUCCUUCUGGAAAAAUUUGUAUUGCGAUUUAUACUAGUACGAUACUUUUGCAAUGCAUACACCGCACAACACAGCGAUAACGAAAAGUCCACCUGCUCUGAAACGGACGGAGGGGGGGCGGGUGCAACUUCG